AUGGAUUCGUUCGCCAUUACGGAGGGUCUUGUGUCUCAGGAGCGACAAGACGGCUCGCCCGAGGUCUCUAGCAAAUUAUCCGAAGAGACCAACAAGUUCCAGCGUGCUAUCGCAGCCUGGCGAGGAAUUGAUUUGGCCAACACUAUUGCCAAGCUCGACACAACUGCUUCAGACAUUGUUGCGCAUCAGCGGGAUGCUCUGGUCCAGAGGAAGGACCUAGCGCAAAAGACAAAGGACUUUAAGAAACUGGAAGACGAUGCAAAGCUUUCCGAAUAUAAGGGACUGUUGAAAGCUUACCAGUCCUUCAUCGAUCUCUUGACCAACCAAGGGAAAACAUCCUCGUCCUCGUUCUUGCAAUUAUACUCGUCCCUAUCCGAAGCACCUGACCCUUACCCACUCCUCGAGGCCUCUGUCGAUUCGCUGGUAUUAUCCGAGGACACUGUCCCGAAGUUGACCUCAGAGCGAGAUCAAUUACAACAAUCUGUCGAACGCCUUACAAAGCAGCAGGAGGAAACCGAGAAGCGACUUCAGGAAGAGCGCGCUGCGCGAAAGAAACUUGAAGAGAGCCAAGAAUCCCGUGCCAAGGAGAUUGAAGCGUCCUGGGAAGCAGUGCUGAAAGAAAAAACAAACAAUUGGGAGGCGAAGGAGAAAAGCUUAGAGGAGAAAGUCGAAAACCAGGAGCGACUGAUCAAGGAACUCAAAGCCAGCUAUGAAGUUUCUCAGCGCCUAGGAGGCGAGGAUAAUGAGGACGACGGUGCUCGUAGUGGUGCCACUGCCGCCGAGCUCGAGCUAGUUUCUGCUGAUCUAGAGAAGACAAGCUUGAGAUUAGCGGAUAUGGAAGCGCGGAACGAGCAGCUACGGCUGGAGCUGGCUCAGGCCGUAUCGCAUUCGAACCACGAUCAAGCUGCUUCGGUUGAAGAUGACCCUGCUUAUCAGCGCCUUCAGUCCGAAAACUCUUCUUUGCUACGAAAACUGGACGCUGCACGCUACGACAAGGACUCAACCCGCCACUCAUGGGAAGCUAAGCUCCUGCAGGCCGAGAGAAAUGCGUCAAAGACUGCAGUUGAGAGGGAUGAGCUGCGCUCACGCCUCGAUAAGGUGUCUGACUACGAUGAUAUACGCCGGGAACUGGAGAUGAUCAAGUCAAUUGAAUUCACGGCGGGUGAUGACGAGGUAGAUGAGGAGGAAACGGCUGGCACCAACGGCGCUGCCACCAAGUCCAAGGGGAAGAACUCGUUGGAGCAGCUCCUAAUGGCACGGAACAAAAAGUUGACAGAUGAGCUUGCAGUCUUGCGAGUGUCCACUCGUGACCUUCAGGGCCAACUUGAAUCCCUGCAUGGCGAGCUUUCCACGACUAAAGAUGCCCUUGAAAAGUCCCAGGGACUAUCGACCACCCUGGAGAACGAUCUUCUCCGUGUACAACAGGAAGCCGCCAAUACUUUCCCAUCCUCACCUAUGUCUGUUGCCGGCACUUACACUUCCCGGCAUCCGCACUCAUCUCGCCGGGGUGCGGUAUCUCCCACCUCGUCCAUAAUUUCUGGUUUUGACCAGAGCAUAGCAUCAGCAAACACCAUGGAGGCUAUCCGUGCUGGAGAGGCAGUUGGUGGUGGCUCUGGUCUCCUUCCAAUGAUCCAAGCUCAACGUGAUCGGUUCAAGAAGAAGAAUGCCGAGCUUGAGGAAGAACUUUCGAAGAUGUACAGCACCGUUAAGUCUCUCCGUCAGGAGGUCUCAACCCUGCAGAAAGACAACUUGGGGUUGUAUGAAAAAACUCGGUACGUGUCCACCUACAACCGUGGCCAAGGAGCAUCUACCUCUGCUUCCUCGUAUGCGAAUGCACCCAGCUCCACCUCUAUCUACGCCUCGGGUGACACUUCUUCGGGACUCUCCAUAGACCGGUAUCAAUCCGCCUAUGAAGCCCGGAUCUCACCCUUUGCGGCGUUCCGGGGCCGAGAGUCCGCCCGCGCAUACAAGCGCAUGAGCCUGCCCGAGCGGAUCGUCUUCUCGCUCACUCGAAUCAUCAUGGCCAAUCGCACCAGCCGGAACCUGUUCGCCGGCUAUUGCUUUGCGCUCCACCUGUUGUUAUUUGUCAUGCUCUACAUGAUGAGUACGAUGGAGAUUGAGAAGCAUAGCGCCAUGAGUGCCGUGGGCAGUGCCGCCGCCGCUGCAUACCGUAGCAGCAACAGUGGGGCUGGUUCCGGUAGCAGCAGUGGUGGUCAGCUACAUGGGGAUGAUUGGCAGCAAGAGGGCUUCAGCUAA